AUGACCUCGACUUCGCAGUUUCUCGAAACCACUGUGAAGUGGGCGGAAGCAGUCGUCUGCCUGGCAAACGAUAUCCAGACGAAGAAGCAGUUAGUUUGCAAGUUAAUCAAUCUCGACAAGAUUCAAGGAAAGAAUUCUCAAGAGGAUAUCCGCCGCAAGUUUCAGGAAGCUGACAUCUUGCGCCAGCUGAGACAUCCUAACAUCCUUCCUUAUGUGGAUGCUAUCUCAUCACCACACUCACUCUAUACCUUUACAGAACUUGCAUCGGGUGGUGAUCUCAUGUCAUUCAUCCUACGCCAUGGCACAGUCAAGGAACUCGACUCACGGAUCAUUAUCCGUCAAGUUGUACGUGGUCUUGGCUAUCUCCACGAGAAAGACAUUGUUCACCGUGAUCUCAAACCAGAGAAUAUCCUCUUGGCUUACUCGCCCAAGAUUGCGUACCAUCGAGUCAUGCUUUCAGACUUUGGCAAUUCUGCUGUGCCUCGACGUAGUAGAAUGAUCACAAACGCUGGGACGCCAGGAUACCAAGCACCGGAGUUUGCAGCGGGCGGCCAAGCUCACACUGCGGCUGUGGACAUCUGGUCCCUAGGUGUUGUUGCACUGCUCCUCCUCGCAUCUGAUAAUCACGACACAGAGCUUAACAAGAUGGAACAAGGAGACAUAGUCGAAUAUCUCACUAGAUUAUUCAAUGGAAUGCAGACAAAACCGUCUCCCGAAGGGAUUGAGUUCGUCUGGAACUGUCUGAAAGUCGACCCAUCACAGAGGAUCAAUGCUUAUGGAGCGAAGACGCAUACAUGGCUUUGUCCUCUGAAGAGGAAUCGGGAACUGUUCAAACGAAUGGAUUCUCGAACACUGGCUUCUUGGAAACCUCAAGAUAAGCUCAAACCGAUGCCUUGGGUGUUACCUGAUCUUGCACUGAGCAACCCACCAACACCUACAAGAAGCCCAGGCUCAUCAAUCAGCCAAUACUUCACGACGACACCUAUGCGCUUUGAAACUACCACCAGAAAGUCCAGAGACCGCGUUCUGGGGAUAGCCGCAGAAUCUGACACAGGAACUGCCACAAGCAAGACUACCUCUUCUUUCUCGGUGCCGCCGCGCCCAUGCGGCACUCUACGAGAGUCUGCGACAAAUCCCAAGAAGCCUCAACCUCCUUGGCAAGGGUUUCGUAACACUAACGGUUCAGCGAACACUGGAUUCCCAUCAAAACGCAGAAGAGUCCCAAGAGCUAGGACUCAUGAUAAUGCGAAUGUUGCCCUACCUGGGUUGGAGAGACAUCUAAGAUCACCUAACAACCCCAAUCCUCGUUAUAGGCAAAACGUUCUUUCGGCUCUCGAGAGGACGAAGUCAAAGUUCCUCACAGACAGCAUCUCUCCUGUUUCGAGGACUCCUUUAGAUGCUCUCGCUUCAAAUGCAUUUGUUCCACCACCAAGCCCUAAGAAACGGAAGAGCAAGCGCGAUGUGAGGCACAAGGAAUCGGGCGGAGCUAAUAUGCGGCACCUCACAUUCCGCUGA